GACUCUACCUCUGCGUAUGUGUGCUUUGUGGGUGGAGAUCGAGGACCUCCUCCUAAAAACACAACAGUCAACAGCAGCCAGCUCCCAGCAGCACCUUCGUUGUUCCAAAAUUUAGGACUGGAACAUAGUUUUUUAUCAUUGCAUUCGUCGUUUUAUUCGUGUUUAAAGUAUAACACUUCCAGCUCACUGGAUGUAAUUUAUUUAUUUUUUUAUUUGCUUGCCACCAUUACAGAAAGAUGAGUCAGGCCGAGCAGGAGGCGCCUGAGGACAUGCCUGCAUGCCACACGGAGGAUCCAGAAGCUACAGACACCAACAAGGACCACCCACAGACCCAACCGGGCAUGUUCGGCAGGCUGGCUGGGGGGUUGUAUGGAGCCACGAGAGCGACGGUGGGUGGUGUGGCUUGGAUAGGCGGAAAGAGCCUGGACCUCACUAAGACAGCUGUGUGCACUGUGGCUGCUGUGCCUGUAAUGGGAGUGGGGCUGGUGAAGGGGGGCGUGUGCGCCGUGGCUGGCGGCGUGACGGCCGUCGGAUCGGCUGUAGUCAACAAAGUUCCACUAGGAGGCAGCAAAAAGAAGGACAAGUCAGACUGACGGCGAGCGGAGGAGCCCGAACACGCCGCUGAGUUGCUCCAGCCCGCACUCCCGGUGGAGGUGUUUGCUUUAGUGAGCAGGAGAAAAAGCGACAAAGGACUUAAAACUUCAGUAUGCAAGUUUUAUUGUUGGUUUUAUGUGUGUUUGUGUGUGUGUGUGUGUUUUUGUUACUAGAGAUCCUUUCACUUUUGUUUAAUUAUGUGUUCAAGACUUGUAUAUAAAAAGAAAGCAAUACAGCGUAGGAGAGUUUUCGUGCUCAUUCAUGGAAGCAAACACCAGGAGGAAAUGGCCGACAGAGAUAUUUAACAUUUUGUUUCCUGACAAUCGAUGAUGAUCUGUGCCUUACAAUGAGUUCUUACUUGGGACUGGAAAUAAUUCACUUUUCAACUGGCUAAUACCUGGAAGCGCUCACAGUAGGAUUUCUGGUUCCUCCUCUUCAGUUAAGCACACUUGUUGACAAAUGAGCAGAUAUAUCUGAUCAAGGACACGGUGGUUAAAGUCCGGUUAAAUAUAGAUUUAUUUUAUUUUUACAGGCUGGUUGAGUAUGCUUAACUUGGACAGUUUUGGUGUCUUCCAUUUCAACUCGCAUGCUCCUCAGACGUGACGUGGCCCUCUUGUGGUAAUGUUCCCACCAUCAGUAGAGGACCCCUGUUUUAGAUAUUUUAUUAUUGUUAUUACAAUUAAUAAAUGUUACCACAGUACAAAGGCCUUUUUUUUAAUAAUUAAACGUUCUCUUGCUUGUAUGCAUUACUUCUUUCUUCUUGAAAAAUAAAACUUAAGGUUGUUAAAAUUAAA